CCUAUGAGCCAAUUAUUUCUUAGGCUUAAAUAUAUGAAUAGUCUACCGUAUUAAAAAUAAGUAUGAUGUCAUCUGUUUGUUCUAGACAGAGGUGAGAUGAUCUCAUAUAAGAGCAGCUAAGCGCUUCAAGAACAAUUUAGUCACCAGAGGCUUUUGUAGGUUUCAUUAGCUGGAUGAGCUCAACAGUACCGUUUCUGCAGUCAUCGGGAAGCCAUCCAGAGAUGUACUGGACACACCUAAACAUAGCCUACACAGCACUGACCACGGCGCGCGUUAAAUUAAAUAAAUAAAUAACGUUCUGCAGAAAAUGAGCUGAGUUUCUGACAAUAAGGUUGACGGCCCUAUUGCCAGCCAGCUCGCCGCUUCUGCUUCUUCACGAUGGACCAACUGGGAGACCCAGUGAUGUCAACAGUGAUGUAAAAUUAAGCAGGGAAGCCUUUCUACGUCCCCAAAGCGCACUACUGCAAUAACGCAAAUUGCGAAUGCGGCGGAUGCCAUUUUCGCCUUCUAGUAAACUACAGAGACAGGCGUUCAAGCUCAGACAGAUGAAACGCGCGCUCUUCGUCUUUUUUCGUAAAUACAGUAUUACCAGGUGGGGGAAUAGGGGUUGUCCCUUGAUGUCUGUGCACCAUCUUGCACUGUAUUGUCCGCGUCACAGUGAGGUCUCCCACAGUUGGCAUCCGUUUUUUCUCCAGGUCUACCGACGGUGAGCCGUGGGGCACAUCUCGACUGUUUCAGAAUCAAGGGGACUAUGCGUAAAUGCACGACGUAAAUUGGGGAAAGACUCGGCUCUGCGCGCGGUGGAAGAAUCCUCGGUGUCAUCAAUAAUCUGGUUUACACGGCGACUGGGCUCAGCCUGAGUAGUUGCGGGGUUUUCCUCCUUCUGAAUCCUAAUUUGACUACCUUUUGUAGGGUGGAGUCAACCCCGGUUUCUUAAUAUCACACAGCCUAAUCAUUUGCACUCUUCAGGAAGCCACCAUGAAGGACAACAUGGCCAACAACAGCACAGCCAGCAUCUCUCAGGCCAGGAAAGCUGUGGAGCAGCUCAAGAUGGAGGCUUGCAUGGACAGGAUAAAGGUGUCCAAGGCGGCCGCUGACCUGAUGGCCUACUGCGAUGCGCACAUACGGGAGGACCCGCUCAUUGUGCCCGUCCCUGCCUCAGAGAACCCCUUCCGGGAGAAAAAGUUCUUCUGCACCAUCCUCUGAGGCCGGCGCUGGGCGCCACUGCCCACGUGCACACACUCCACCCUGAGGAGAGGAGAGGAGAGGAGAGGAGAGACUACACAUAUUGCUGCCAGCGUCCGGCUGGCUGGCUGGCUUAAGAUUUCCUGGCCGCUGCCCAGGCGCUUGACUGGGUCAGCCCCCCCCUGGCUGAAGUGGCUGCAGGUGGGGUUGGGUGGGGUGAGUGGGGUUUAGGGAGAAAGGGGGUGAGGGGUGGUGUUGGGAAUGGGGGAGUUAGCUGUGGAUCUGGCAACCCCUUCAGUUUCACAUGUCUCCUUUAAAGGUGUAGUCAGUGGUUUUUGUUGUGAAAAUUUGAAAUCCUUCUAGACCUACAAUAAUGACUAAAAUCUGAAGGACAAUAGUUGACAGUUGUUCCUGUGUUUUCAGGAUCAGGUGUUUCCUAUGCAUGUUGGUAUUUUGUUUGAGGUGUUUUUUAUGCAUCUGUUGAGUAUUUAGGAGGUCCAGACAUGUAAACAAAUGCAUAAAAACAGAGGACCAAAGUGUAUUAAGUGCACACAGUAACAGUGGGGAAUGUUUUAUUAUUUAUCAUGCCUUCAGAGUUAUACAUCAUUAUCGUAAGCGCAGAAGCAUUUUUGCUUUUUGACAACAAACGCUACUUUCUGCGCCUUUAAUAGAUGUGUUAUUGCGUUGUAUUUAGAGAACCGCCUUGCUCACUGCUUAUGAGAUGCUUAUGGGUCCCCCUCUUUUAUUACACUUCUGUUGUUUUUCUUCUGAUUGUUUGCUAUACAUUUACAUGCCUCAGGAAAAAAAAUGCAAACCAAACACUGAUUAUCAUUGUGUGAGCACUGCACCGAUUUACUAUAUAAUUGAUCUUAAAUUCAGAAGUCAAUAACCUGGAGCAUUUUCCAUUUUCUGAUAUUGCAGCUGGAUGUGUUUCCCACAUUCAACUAUUAGUUAAAACACUGACAGACAUGCUCAUUGAAAUGAAAACAUUUGGUAAAUUACAAAAAAAACUAAAUGGCAAUAUUAUACUUUACUGUUUGCCUUUAACAGAAAUGGUCAGGUAUUAAACAUCUGAUUAUUUAUCUGGAUAUAAUGCAAAAGGUACCAGUAGUUAAUUUGUCUUAGUGAAAUGUUAAGUCAAAUUUCCCCCAAUUAUUGAUUUAGGGAGGUUUAUCUCAGUUUUUAAUGAUGUACUAUACUGUAUAAACUCUUGAAUACUGCAUUAUCAUCAGGGCCCAGCUUGAUUGCUUUACGUGCACUUGGGCUGCCCGAGUUCUUUACUGAAUUGUAAGCUUUAUGUAGAAGGUUAAUUAUUGAAAUGUAAAUUUGAAUGAGCAGAUCUUAAAGGAGUGGUGUUGACUGCUCGGACACUUUUACUCCCUCGUUACGGCCAAACAUUUAAUCACCAUACAUCUGUUGAGAUUAGGCUGGGGGAGGAACUCUCUGCAGAUAUAGGACUCUUUCACUGGCAUGAAACCAGAGUCAGCCCCAUCUGUCACACAGAAGCUAGUGAACAUCAAAGUGGCAGGGGCGCACUAUUGCGUGUCCCCCACAUCACCUCUCAUGUUACUCACAUCACAACACUGGCAUAAGAGGACACAUUCAUGCUACCCUUUCAGACACACACACACACACACACACACACACACACACACACACAUACAUUUGGUAGUUGCAAUUCAUCACAGGCUCAUUUGGUUUACCUUAAGGCUUCACCACUAUUUUCGUUCUAUUGUUUACUUUCUCUGUUGCCUUACGAUAUUUACUGGGCAUGUUUUCUGAUGGCUGGAUUUCAUUUUUUGUUCUAGAUUUGAUUUCCUUUCCUUGUCACGAUUUUGUUUUGUUUUUGUUCUCUGCCUGUCCUGAACUGAGCUGAACUGAACUGCGAGGCCUUUGAUCGUAUUGCCAAACCAAAGGCCAGCAUGUUUCCCCAUUCUGCUCUGACCCCCAAGAAGAGGCUGGAUUACCAUAGAGUGCGAUAUCAGUGCCAAGUACUGUGACAACGGCGUAUCCUCUACACUGUUACUUCACAGUCUUUUUGAGAAAAAAAAAAUCUUAUUUUAAAACAAGCACAAUGUCAAUUAUUUCCUUUACAUUGGUAUGAUUUAGCAUAGGCCUCCUUUGUUUUUUACAAAAGUUUUACUCUAUACUUAAGUCUGUGUAUGUAAAGCACAUCACUGAGUAUGAUGUAAUAUCACGUGAUGUGUUUCAGUCAUUUCUUCUGUAUUUAGGGUUGGCUAAUUUAAAGUGUUACAUAAAUUAGGUAGAGAAUGACUUUUUCUUAAGCAGUGUACUGAUCGAAGUGUUGUCCCUAAAUCCUCUUUUUGUCCAGAAUGGAAGAUUUGGGAGGAUCUCACAAAUGCUUUGCUUGACAUGUUUGAUAUCCUUGUUUAAUUUUAAUCUUGGUAUACAUUUACUUUUCAUACCUUUCAGGUUUUACUUAUUAAGAUAUCCACAGCCCUCAGAACUGGUUAACCCAAGUCACUGAAAAGGCUAAUGAACUUAAGUGAAUGGUGCCUGAAUCACAAAUAAUGCUUUUUCAGCGUUCUUGCAAAACCUUCUGAGGCGUGCACCACCCGUCUCAAUAAUCCUGAGCUAGAGGGGUGAUUUCAUACCCAAUUGAGACAUGUUAACCUUUAUAUAUCAGAAAAGUAAUUUGCAUGUACUGAAUCCCUGUUAAUAAUCUAGAAAAUGAAGAAACCUUGUGAUGAAAACACUUGCCUUUUAAGUAUAUGGUUUAUUGGUGCUUAUCUGCACUUUUCUUUUGUAGAAGUCUGGAUGUGUAGACAAUGUGCAGCUGUACAAAUGAAUAAAUUCAUCAUUAAAGACAUGCUUAUUAUUGCUUAA